AUGCUUCUACGAAUAUCGCCUACAUAUAAUAUGAAUAAAGCGGCUAGUUUUGCUUUUGUUCUGGCUAUUUUAACUCCUAAUUGGUUAUCAUUUACAAGAUCAGGAUCAACUUCAAAUAUAACCGUAGAACGUGGAGUUUUUUAUGUUUGUAAUUGGCUUCCAAACAGUAAUGCAUACAAGAGUACUCAAUGUUUAUCAAUAAUCGAGCAGACAUCCUCCAAUGAACCAAAUACAUGGCUCUAUGGAUUUGGUAUUGCCUGUGCAUCAUUGGCUAUUGCUUGUGCUGGACUGAGUAUUAUCGUUUUAUGGUUGUCCGGAAUUUAUUUCCAAAUACGUCGACGAACAAGAAAAACGUUAUGUUUUCUCGUGUGUAUUACUCUGCUAACUCUAAUUAAUUUUUGUACUUCUGCCGCCGUUUGGAUAUUACUUAUUUCAGAAACUCUGAAACUUGGCAUAGCAAUAGAUCGUUAUAUGUUUGGUUGGCCAAUGUGGUUAGCAGUUGGUGCAACCGGUGGCUAUUUAAUGUCAUUGAUAACAAUGACUUUUUCAUUUUGUGCGAUAAGCCGACGGAAAAAUAAAAUAUUACAAAACUACUACCGACCAAAAAAUCAAUUUUAA